AUGACCAGCUGGAGACGUUCGAACGUGUGGAGAGAUGUCCCCUCGCCGUUUGGUGCGUUCUUCCGAGCUCCCCAGGUGCGGGACGAGGACUUUGACUACGUGGGGCCCGAGGAGCUCGGCGCUGGCUGGCGUCGACCGUCGUUCGGCCGGUUGGACUCGAUGCGAGAUCUAGGUCCACAGCGUGCUGCCGGCGGCGAGCACGUGUACGACGAAGAUGAUGUCGAGAACGACAACGACGACGACGACGACGAUGAGCGGGAGCCCGAUGUGCUCAGAUUGAGACACCAUACGAAGUCUUACCUGCUCCAAUUCCCCGCAUUUGCAAUUGGUGAUGGCAUCCUGACGGUUGGAGACGUGCGGAGGGCGGCCGGCAACGUGUUGAAUGUCAGUCGACUGAGGCGGAUCAAGCUGCUCUACAAGGGCCGGUUGCUGAAGGACGACAAUGCGUCUGCUAAAAGCGUGGGGUUGAAGCAGAACUCCCUGAUAAUGUGUGUGGUCUCGGAGGAUUUUGGAUCUGAUGACGACUCGACCAGUGAGUCUGAAGUGGGCGAGUUCGCCCGGUACCGUACCAAUUACGAGCGCGAGCCUCGACGCCGGCUGUCCAGCCCGCCAGGGAGGAGAAGGAGAGCCCAGUCGAAACGAAAAGACGCCCGUGUCGAUAGGCACCGCGAGGAUGAAAGCGAGGCUGGCCCACGCAGCGAGCCACGAAUAUCUCAUUCUCAGCCGCCUCGACCCCGGAUCUCUCCGCAUAUUCCACACCCUACGGAGAGCAAACCCUCGUCCCCGCUGUCUGCCCCCAUGUCACCCGCUCUCACGCCCUCGUCUCGCAUGCCAACGCCGUCCCCCAUGCUCAAUUCCUCGCAGACACCACGGGAGAAGCUCAGGAUUCUAGAUGAUUACGUGGACAAGGUUCUGAAGCCUCUGAUCAAGCAGUACAUCGAGCAGCCGCCGCAUGACCAGAAAGCUUUAGAGAUGGAGCACAAGAGGCUAAGCGAGACUGCAAUGACCCAGGUCCUGCUCAAGGCCGAUGGGGUUGAGUUGGAGGGUGAUGGAGUUGCUCGCAAGCAGAGGAAGGCGCUCAUUUUGAAGGUCCAAAGUCUACUCAAGAGCCUUGAUGCUGCCGCCAAACAUUGA